AUGGAUCUCAGAGACCUGCUUCGCUUCUCCCACUGCGGGCGGACGGUGUGGACGGCGGCCGACGCGGCUUCAGCGGGCCCACUGCGGUGCCCCGAAUGCGGCCGGACACCCAGUUUCCCCCUAGCGGAAGCUCCGGUGCGCGUGCGCGCGCCGGUAGUCGACGGACACCGCACGAGCUGCUGCUUCCUGGUCACGUCGCGGGAGGGCGCCGACGGCCUCAGUGAAGACAGAGACUGCGAGCUUCACGUGGGCAUCUCCAACUCGCAAGGCGUGGUGUUGAGUUACACAGAGUCGGGGGUGCUGCGCGAGCAGCAAGGCUGGCAACAGAGUGCGGCGGUCCCCCUGGUGGCCCCAGGCGAGAGCAUCCCUGAAUGGGACGAGCGGCUGGAGCGCUUCGCUGCUACGGACUCAUGGACGCCGAGCAGGUUCGAGGAGCAGCGCGAGUUUGGUUCCUGUUGCUACGGUUUUGCUCUGGGAUUCAUCAACCAGCUGUUGAUGUCACAGGGCAAGCGGCCAAUCAGCGGGGAGAAUUUCACCCGAGACCUGGUGCUCCCCCGGGUGCGGGCGGCCUCCGGCUAUCUGGCUGUAUUGCGUCACGUUCGUCGUCAUGGAUACUGGGCCUCCCCGAUCCCAACAUCCCUCGGGAUCCUCUCAGUGUCGGACCCUCGUGAGUCUGUCACCGUGGCGACUGGAGACGUGGCACCCUUCCUCCUCACGCUGGAGACUGGACACGACUGA